GCGCCAAGCGCACUUCUGAAGCUCACAGUACACGAGCUUUUUCAAGCUCGAAUCUUUUUCUUAGUGUUGAACAGGAAAAAGAUAGAAAAAUGGCCGCGGAAGGUGGUGGAGACCCCAAUCAGCUGUCAGCACCAGAGCCCCAGACUGGCCCAGAUGGGGAGAUCAUCGGAGGACCACGCACCCCGCAACAGAUUGCAGCACAGCGCCGCCUGCAGCAGACGCAGGCGCAGGUCGAUGAGGUGGUGGACAUCAUGAAAGCCAACGUUGAAAAGGUGUUAGACAGGGACGCCAAGCUAUCAGAGUUAGAUGAUAGAGCAGAUGCACUGCAACAAGGCGCCUCACAGUUUGAGCAGCAGGCGAAGAGUUUGAAAAAUAAAUUCUGGUUGCAGAAUUUAAAGAUGAUGAUUAUAAUGGGAGUCAUCGGAAUAGUCAUAAUAGGUCUAUUGUUCGUUCGGUACCGCGGCGCGCCCGAUGUGAGCGCGGUCGGAGCGGUUGUCGAAACCAAUACAAAUGCCACUCAGGUUAUCACCCAUAAUAAUUGUAAGUAUAUCACUUUGUUGGGUGCGAAAUGUAUAUGGGUCACUUUAUUUGGUGAAAAUAGUUUGUAUAGUUCAUUAAGUGUAAAUCGUAUAUUGAUAAUUGGGUAAAAAUCGUUGGGUCAUUUGGUGUAAUAUUAUAGUAUGUAUAUGGGUCAUUUGGUGCAAAUCGUUUAUGGGUCUUUGGGUGCAAAUAGGUCACUUUAUUUGGUGCAAAUCGUAUUAUAUGGGUCAUUUGGGUGCAAAAUUGCGUGUUAUAGGUCACUUUAUUUGGUGAAUAUCGUUUGUGGGUUGCUUUAUCAAAAGAAAAUAAAAUGACUUAAGCCAUAGUUUUUUAAAGUGUCCCAUAACUGUCUUUUAAUGUUUGUCUGUGUUUUCCUAACUUUUGCUUCAGCAUGUGUAGUGCUUGUGUCUUGCUAGUCAUAACUCAUAUUGUAAGAGUUUUAUAAUCAAAUUGGUACUAAAAUAUUUUAAGCAGGAGUAU